AUGAUGGUGGAAUCUGCCUCGGAGACAAUCAGGUCGGCUCCAUCUGGUCAGAAUGGCGUGGGCAGCCUCUCUGGGCAAGCCGAUGGCAGCAGCGGUGGGGCCACAGGGACAACUGCAAGUGGCACGGGCAGGGAAGUGACCACGGGUGCAGACAGCAAUGGUGAGAUGAGCCCCGCGGAGCUGCUGCACUUCCAGCAGCAACAGGCUCUCCAAGUGGCCCGGCAGUUCCUGCUGCAGCAGGCCUCAGGCCUGAGCUCCCCAGGGAACAAUGACAGCAAACAGUCUGCCUCUGCUGUGCAGGUGCCUGUAUCGGUGGCCAUGAUGUCGCCGCAGAUGCUUACCCCGCAACAGAUGCAGCAGAUCCUGUCGCCCCCGCAGCUGCAGGCCUUGCUCCAGCAGCAGCAAGCCCUCAUGCUCCAGCAGCUGCAGGAGUACUACAAGAAGCAGCAGGAGCAGCUCCACCUGCAGCUCCUCACCCAGCAGCAGGCUGGGAAGCCGCAGCCCAAAGAGGCACUGGGGAACAAGCAGCUGGCCUUCCAGCAGCAGCUCCUGCAAAUGCAACAGUUGCAGCAGCAGCACCUGCUCAACCUGCAGAGGCAGGGGCUGGUCAGCCUGCAGCCCAACCAAGCCUCGGGGCCCCUCCAGACCCUUCCGCAAGCCUCCCCUGUCUCUCCCACAGCAGCUGUUUGCCCAACAGACCUGCCCCAGCUGUGGAAGGGCGAGGGUGCCCCCGGGCAGCCUGCCGAGGACAGCGUCAAGCAGGAGGGGCUGGACCUCACUGGCACGGCCGCCACCGCUACCUCGUUCGCCGUUCCCCCCAAGGUCUCACCCCCCCUCUCCCACCAUACCCUGCCCAACGGACAGCCCACUGUGCUCACAUCUCGGAGAGACAGCUCUUCCCACGAGGAGACCCCCAGCUCCCACCCCCUGUACGGACAUGGAGAGUGCAAGUGGCCAGGCUGUGAGACCCUGUGUGAAGACCUGGGCCAGUUUAUCAAACACCUCAACACAGAGCACGCCCUGGAUGACCGGAGUACAGCCCAGUGCCGGGUACAGAUGCAGGUGGUGCAGCAGCUGGAGAUCCAGCUCGCCAAGGAGAGCGAGCGGCUGCAGGCCAUGAUGGCCCACCUGCACAUGCGGCCCUCGGAACCCAAGCCCUUCAGCCAGCCACUGAACCCGGUCCCCGGCUCCUCCUCAUUCUCCAAGGUGACCGUCUCUGCAGCAGACUCGUUCCCAGAUGGUCUCGUGCACCCCCCGACCUCGGCCGCAGCCCCUGUCACCCCCCUACGGCCCCCUGGCCUGGGCUCUGCCUCCCUGCAUGGUGGGGGCCCAGCCCGUCGGAGAAGCAGCGACAAGUUCUGCUCCCCCAUCUCCUCAGAGCUGGCCCAGAAUCAUGAGUUCUACAAGAACGCCGACGUCCGGCCCCCCUUCACCUACGCCUCCCUCAUCCGCCAGGCCAUCCUGGAAACCCCUGACAGGCAGCUGACCCUGAAUGAGAUCUAUAACUGGUUCACCAGGAUGUUCGCCUAUUUCCGCAGAAACACUGCCACCUGGAAGAACGCCGUGCGCCACAACCUCAGCCUGCACAAGUGCUUCGUCCGCGUGGAGAACGUCAAGGGUGCCGUGUGGACUGUGGACGAGCGGGAGUAUCAGAAGCGGAGACCGCCAAAGAUGACAGGGAGCCCCACCCUGGUGAAGAACAUGAUCUCGGGCCUCAGCUAUGGAGCACUUAAUGCCAGCUACCAGGCCGCCCUGGCCGAGAGCAGCUUCCCCCUCCUCAACAGCCCUGGCAUGCUGAACCCUGGCUCCGCCAGCAGCCUGCUGCCCCUCAGCCACGAUGACGUGGGUGCCCCCGUAGAGCCGCUGCCCAGCAACGGCAGCAGCAGCCCUCCUCGCCUCUCCCCACCCCAGUACAGACGGAGUCUCGCUCUAUUACCCAGGCUGGAGUGUAAUGGCAAGAUCUUGGCUCACUGCAACCUCUGCCUCCUGGGUUCACGUGAUUCUCCUGCCUCAGCCUCCCAAGUAGCUGGAAUUACAGGCGCCUGCCACCACGCCCGACUAAUUAUUUUGUAUUUAGUAGAGAAUGGGGUUUUACCAUGCUGGCCAGGCUGGUCUCGAACUCCUGAUUUCAGCCACCAGGUGCAGGUGAAGGAGGAGCCAGCAGAGGCGGAGGAAGACAGGCAGCCCGGGCCUCCCCUGGGCACCCCUAACCCCAGCGCCUCGGGGCCUCCGGAAGACAGGGACCUGGAGGAGGAGCUGCCGGGAGAAGAACUGUCCUAAGGGCCUGUAGGGACCGGCAGGGCUGGGGUGAGACCCCUCCCUUCCAGAAUCCAGGCCCCAUCUUCCCCUACUCCACAGCCCCUCCCGAGCCUCAAGGCAAGUCCAGGACUCAGACGGGGGAGGCCCGGGCCAGCAGCUCCCAGUGUGACCUGACAAAAACACGUAGGGGCAGGGACGGUCCCCACCCCCAGGGAUACAACCCCUGGUCUUGGACCAGUAGAGGACACGGAGGGUUCAGACCCCUCCUCAGACCCUCCCCACAUCUGAAACCGCCUCCCCUCAACCACCAGCAGCAGCAGGGCCCUCCUCCCCCACCAGCUCUCCCCACAGGGCCCCUCAGCACCAUGGAGACCCGCAGGCGGGGCUUAGCCACCCCUCUCAAACCCAGGGCCCCCUGGCACCUGGCUCUGGCCAUGUUUUCUGGCCAGAGGCCCCCACUUUCCUAACUCGUGCUCCCUUCUGCCUUCUUUUCCGUACUGUGAAGAAAGAACUCUCCACCCCCAGCUCCCACCCUGCCCUGGCCUGGGUGGAGGAACUGUUCCUCCAUCCCCAGAAGAAACAGCCCCCUCUGCUGCUGGGGUGGGACUGUCUGUGUGCCCUGUGGGGGUCCAUGUGAGCAGGCCCACCUGGCUCCAGCCCCGCCCCCAACCUGAGACAGAACCAGGCUGAGCCAGGCCUCCACCUCCACCCCCACCCCCGUUUGCUGGGGGCUCCUCCAGCCGCCCCCAUGGGAAGAGGCCUGGUACCGCCUCACCCACAGAGGUCUGUGCCAGGUGCACUUCUGCAGGUGGAGCCAAGCUCCCCAUGAGGCCAGAGGCGGGGCCUGGGCCGGGAGCCCAGGGGAAGGCCAGGCUGGACCCCAGCUCCACACCCACAUCCAGCCUGCAGGCCUCUCUGCAGUCCUCACCCUCUCUCAGCUCCCCUUCCUCUGCAGUCACCCUCAGCUCCCCUUCCUUGCCCGCCUCUCCCCCCCGCCGCCCCCCCAGUUAAACGGAUGACCAAAGACCUUUCUUAUGCCGGAAGCAAAAACCAAAACUUUUUGUUGGCUUUUUCCUUUGUCGCCUCCCCAGCACCUGCCCUCCCAGUGUCCCACCCCGGCCCCAGGCUGGAAGCCCUCCCUCCACUUAAGUUAUUGUUUUAAACCAAAGUUUACAGUGUCUGUUGGUGGCCAAGACCCUCUCUCUCCACCCCUCCUCCAUCCACCCCGAGGACCCUGGGGCUCAGUGGAGGCAGGGCCCUGCCCCCCUCCCCUCCGCUCCUGCCCAGCCUGGGGGAAGGAGAAAGGAGGGAAGGAAGUGGGCUCUCACCCCCUCAGGAGUGGGCAGGGGAGCCCUCCUCCCCGACCCUGGGCUGCUUCCUGGGGGCUCUCCAGACCCCUCUCUAGGACCAAGUCACCCGUCAUGCUGGGAGUGUGGAUUCUAGCAAAAGAGCUGGAAAAAAGUGAGACUCUCCACAGACCCCCUAUGGGGGACCCCAACUCAAGGCCAAGGACUGGGCGUAUCGGAUGCUCAUAACACCCCUGGCCUGGCCCCUUUACUGAGAAGACUCCUUGGAUAUUUCCCAAGAACCCCCCACAUACACCCCUCACAAGCCACCCCUCCUGAGAGGCAGGGGGCCCUCCGCCCCCUUCCUAUGUAUUCCCCACUUGUGUUCCGUUUGACCAGCGCUGAAAUAUUAAACGUCCUCUAUUCACCGGG